UGCUCAGGUCACUAGAAUGUCAAGGUCAUCUAUGGCCGACAAGUCUCGGCUGAAUCUACUGAUAACAAGACCAGGGAUCAAGUGUACAUAUACAGAUCAUAUCACGUGGGACUGUGGGGAAGGAAUCGUCUACUAGCAAACUAGGUCCAGCCGCGGAUAAUUACAUGAUAUUCUACACUAUAACAUACAAGUCAGCAUGGACGAAAAUACAAGGCUUUUAUCGGAUACGAGUGGCCGCCCAUUUGAUGGAUUUGGCAAGGAAGAAGAGACUUUGUACUCCCCGCAAUAUUUAGCCAUAAACGCUGCAGACCCCAAACUCAGCGAUAAUGCUGCCACUUUUGAGGACUUAGUGUCUGAGCGUACACGAAUAACUACCCCAAAGUUCGACGACGGUCUUCAAGCCCCGGUAAACAGCAGCCCGGUGACCCAGGAGGUGGAGGUGAAGGUCAAGUUGUAUAAACGACGAUGGUACAUUUUGGUCGUGUUCGGUUUAUUCGGGGCCACACAGAACAUUAUGUGGAACACCUUCGCUCCCAUCUCCGCAGUCAGUGAAGAUGCAUUCGGUUGGAAUGACGGGACGAUAACCACACUGAUUAACUGGGGACCGAUAACUUUCAUGGUGACAAACGUGUUCUUCUCUUGGGUCAUUGACGUGAAAGGUAUUAGGCCUGCCGUUGUGUCCAGCAUGAUGCUGGUAACAGUGGGUUGUGGUAUUCGGUGUAUCUCCUCCACGCCACCUCUCGUAACAUGGCUUAACCACAUCGGGGCCGCCUUAAACGGGUUGGCUGGGGCAGUGGCAAUGUUUGGUCCUCCUGUCGUCUCCAGCGUCUGGUUCGGUCCUCACGAGAGGACAACAAGCACUGCUCUCACCAUCGUCCUCGCCAACAUGGGACUGGCCUUCACUUUUGUAGUAGGGCCAAUUUUAGUGCCGGAUCGUACCAACCCAAACUGCACCAAUGUAAAAAACAACGAAAGUAUCCAUAUGACGACAUAUACAUCCGACCUUGAGGAGACAGGCUGUUCCCUGUACUUCAAUACAUCAGGAACAAGGAUAGCAGAAGAACGGAAGGACAUUAUGUUUAUGCUGUAUGGUGUCUGUGGAUGGUCAGUGUUCCUCCUCUUGCUCAUCCUGUUGUACUUCCCCAGCAGACCGCCCCUUCCCCCGUGUUUAUCAGCGUCUAAAAAGAGGGAGAACUUCCUUGUGGGACUCAAAACUGUCUUCAGGCGUGGUCAGUUCUGGCUGCUCGCUCUGAUAUACGGUGUGACCCAGGGAGUAGCCAACUGUUGGACAGGCUUGGUGGACGUCAUUCUCAAGCCGUACGGAGUAACUCAGAAACAGGCCGGCUGGAUGGGAUUCUACGGCAGUUUGGGCCAGAUGGUGAUGUCGUUAAUAGUUGCAAGGUUUGCCGACAAGUUCUCCCGCCAUUUUAAAGUGUUGAUACUCCUCGCGUACGUCCUGGGGGCUGUGAACGUGACGUGCUUCGCCCUCGUCUGUGUUGGGGUACUGCCCUCUUCUCUUGCGGCCUUGUACGUCACGUUCAUAGCGACAGCCACCAUCUUAUGUUGUGCGGAGCCACUUAUCUAUGAACUGACGUGUGAAGUGACGUUCCCCAUCGGCGAGGGGACAACCAACUGCAUUCUGACACUUGGGAACAAUAUAUUCGGCUUCGUCUUUCUCCUAAUUCCUACCUUACCACAUAUUAGUAGCCAGUCCUGGAUGAACUGGGCCUUGUUAGGAGCUAUAGUGGUGGCAAUCCCUCCCAUCUUGCUUCUGAAGGACAGAUACCUAAGGCUUGAAGUAGACGAACACGCCGAGAAGAAACUCAUGAGGAAGCAGCCUGAAUGAACAUGUCUAUUGGCGCAUCACCACGUGAAGAACCAUGUUUUAUCUUUGGAUCAUAUACUGGAAAUUGAUACUAGAGAUGUAUAUCCUUCGUUGAACCCAAGCCAUUGCAGGACCUUCAAUUCCUCGUUAUGCCUGAAGGGAAUGGUCCACGACGUACAUAUAGGACAUACCAA